AGCCGGAAGUGUACCGGCUCUUCCAGUGACGUCAUCUGACACAUCGUCAGAUCAAAGAAAAACGUCAUUUUUACCUUUUAUGACAACAUUUUAUCAGACAGAAUGAUGAUUAGUGUGUCAGAUGAUGCAGUCUGACACAUUAUGACAACAUUCUGACCAACAUUUUUUCUCUUGAAGCCUCACAGAAAUGGGUCAAUAUAAACUACUGACUAGACAAAAGUCUAACAUCUGGAAAGACAUUUUAACAGAAACCAGACAGCAGAAAGACAGAGAUGGAUCAGGAAAAGAUCACGGCGACUCCCCAGGAGUUCGUUUCAGAGUAUGCCAGAAUGAAGGCUGAACUUGAAAAACACCUUAAAAUAAGUGAGCAAAAAAUAGAAUGCUGCAAAAUAUUAAAACUAGCCAUUAAAUCUUCUGAAGACAUGGAUGAUUUAGUCAAGAGGGAGUUUCAUAAUAAGCUAUAUGAAGAUAUAGCAGAAUUGAGAAAAGAAUGGUUCUGUGGCCCUCAGAAGAUUUUAAACAAAAUAACAUUCCCAAGAGAAACUCCCCCUCAAGAUUUUGGAAAAAUGUACAAAUGGUUUGAAAAAGAAUUUUCAAAAUACGAAGCACUGCUUUUGGAAAAAGCUGUUGCAGCAAACUUAUUUGAAACUGACCUAAGUUCUUUUGAAGGUGACGAAGACAAAAUUAGUCACGAACCUUCAGAAGAGCCUUGCUUAUUUCAGACCCCACCUGCAACCUCACAAGAAAGAGCAAGAUUAGGAGCGGUACCCAAGGUGCCACGACCCUGGAGGAGGAGCAAAGGAGAAGCAAAGGAAGAGGAAACGGAAAGUAAGCUGUUCCUAAUCGCCAACGAACUCCUGCAGACGGAGAGGGCUUAUGUGGCUCGUCUGCACCUGCUUGACCAGGUCUUCUGCUUGCGACUCACAGAAGAAGCAGAAAGAGGCUCGUUUCCUCCAGAAGUCAUCAGAAAUAUCUUCUCCAACAUUUCAUCCAUUUAUUCCUUCCACUGUCAGUUUCUUCUGCCUGACCUGGAGAGCUGCAUCUGCCGCUGGCAGGAGGGUCCCGGUCUGGGGAAAGCUCUCCUGCAGUAUGCUCCCUUCCUGAGGAUGUACGCCGACUACGUCAGGAACUUUGACGGCGCCAUGGAGCUGCUGAAGACCUGGACUGAGCGAUCCUCCGCCUUUAGGAGCAUCAUCAAUGAUGUGCAGAGUCAGGAAGUGUGUGGAAGACUCACCCUGCAGGACCACAUGCUGGAACCGGUCCAGAGGGUUCCUCGUUACGAGAUGCUCCUGAAGGACUACCUGAAGAAGCUUCCAGAAGACCACCCAGACUAUCAGUUUUCCCAGAAAUCCUUGCAGGUCAUUUCCAUGGCAGCGACUCACUCAAACAGCGCCAUUCAGAAAGCUGAGAGCCAGAAACGGCAGCUGGAGAUCUACAAGAUGGUCGGAGAGGAGGAGGUGGUCAACCCCACCAACCAGUUCCUCAAAGAAGGCCGUCUGCGCAAACUUGCUGCCAGGAACACGUUAGCAAUGGAAAGACACCUUUUCAUGUUCAGCAACUUUCUGCUGUGCUGCCGUCCGAGGUUCAGCCUGGUGGGGCAGAGAUUCACCGUCCGCUGCAAGGUCGAUGUGGACGGCAUGCAGGUUCAUCAGACCACCAAUGAAGAUCACCCCUACACCUUCCAGGUCUCUGGGAAGGAGAGGACUCUGGAGCUUCAGGCCAGCUGUGAGCGGGAUCGUGACGAAUGGAUCAAGAUUAUUCAGGACGCCAUUGGAGAAUUCCAGGAGAAACAAGAAACCUUCCGGCUGGCUCCUAAGGAAAAUGCCUCAUAUAAAAAAGUUGUUCUAAGAUCUAUACCAAAGGUGUAUUUCCCCUUCGACGAAUUAAAAACAUUAGAAAGUACAUUACAUGACUUAGAAAUUGAACUGAGGAACAUCGAUAUGCCAAAAAAGCAAUCAGAUGACUCCAGUGAUUAGGCAUGCGGUCAUGUAUGCCAAACAAGUGCAACGUCUGAGAAAAAGGACGAGUCAAGUCAGCAGUCACUAGAAAUGACAGGAAAUGACAAUGU